CUCUCUCUCUCUCUCUCUACCUCCCACUUUCUUUCUCUCAUUCGCUCACUUUAUUUCCUCUUCUGAGAACCUGAGCCUCAUUACUCUUAAAGCAUUUCUAAAAUAUUUUCCCUGGCUUUGGAAGGGAGUUAAGCGUCCAGAGCGUUUUUGUUAUUCAGGAAAAUCUUUGGCUUUCUCUCUCUCCCUGAGUCUCCCAGUGGUUUGUCUCCCUUGGGGAAACUCGGAGAUAUAAACCUCUUGGGGUUUGGCACACGGAUCCUGAAAGAGUGUGGGAUUUACUUUAACGAUCCUAGACUCCGUCUCCAACUCUGACUGCCCCCUCUGCGGCAGAGAGCAAAGAAGACAGCGACCUUUGCCCUUUUGGGGUUAAUGGAGUAUCUUCGUUUAACUGGGGUGUCGCUGAGCCGAGGCCCAGGCCCCAGGUGCUGGACAGAGAGGACGCACAACGAGAGGAGACUGCUGGUCCUCGUCUGUGCCUUGUCGCUCGCCCUCUUCAUAUGCCUCCUGACACUGGGAGUCCACUACAGGACAGGCCACCAUGGAGUGUGUUUGUCGGAGCCUUGUGUGACUGUGGCCAGCUCUGUCCUGAGCUCAAUGGACCGCUCAGUGGACCCCUGCCAGGACUUUUACAACUAUGCCUGCGGGGGCUGGAUCAAGAACAACCCGCUGCCCGAGGGCAAGUCCCGCUGGGGACCCUUCAGCAACCUGUGGGAGCACAACAUGGCCGUCAUGAAGCACCUGCUGGAGAACACAACCAUGAAGGGGCUGAGCACAGCGGAGAAGAAGGCCCAGUGGUACUACCAGGCCUGCAUGAACGAGGCCAAGAUCGAAGCCCUGGGAGCCCAGCCACUUCAGGAGCUCAUCAAUGCUACAGGAGGCUGGGGCCUCGCGGAGCCGUGGGAGAAGGAUACCUUCCAGGAGGUCCUGCGCAUGGUGUCAGCUAACUACCGCACCUCACCCUUUUUCACCGUCUUCGUGAGCACAGACUCCAAGAGCUCCAACAGCAACAUCAUUCAGGUGGAUCAGUCAGGACUGGGGCUUCCCUCUAGGGAUUACUAUCUCAACAAGACCGCCAACGCAAAGUACCUGAAGGCGUACCUGGACUUCCUGGUGGAGCUGGGAGUUCUGCUGGGUGGCUCUGCGGAGACGUCUCAGACCAUGAUGUCGGAAAUCGUGGGCUUUGAGACCUUGCUGGCCAACAUCACUGUGCCCCAGGAGGAGAGGAGGGAUGAGGAGCUUAUCUACCACAAGAUGCAGGCCAAGGAUCUUACAACGUUAGCCCCCGCGGUGGAGUGGAUGCCCUUCCUCAAAGCCAUGUUUGACCCCGUGGCGCUGAAUGACUCGGAGCCUGUGGUGGUCUACGCCAAAGAGUACCUCCAGAAGGUGUCAGACCUCAUCCAGAACACCAACAAGAGUGUCCUAAAUAAUUACAUGAUAAUGAAAGUGGUGAGAAAGAUGGUCUCCAUUCUUGACCAGAAGUUCCAGGACGCUGAGCAACGUUUCUUUGAGGUCAUGUACGGAACCAAAAAGAGCUGCACCCCACGUUGGAAGUUGUGUGUAAGCGACACAGAUAGUGCAUUAGGCUUCGCACUAGGGGCCCUGUUCGUCAAAGCCACAUUCGCAGAGGACAGCAAGACCAUCGCUGAAGACAUGGUCUCAGACAUCAAACAAGCCUUUGAGGAGAGCCUGAAAGAUGUUGCCUGGAUGGAUUCGGACACCAAAAUGGCCGCCAAGGAAAAGGCUGAUGCCAUUUACAACAUGGUAGGCUACCCCAAGUUCAUCAUGGACCCCAAGGAACUGGACAAGGUGUUCAAUGAUUUUGAGGUGGUGUCAGAGCUGUACUUCCAGAAUGUCAUGCAGUACUACAACUUCUCUGGCAGGGUCACAGGAGACCAGCUCAGGAAGGCCCCAAACAGGAACCAGUGGAGUAUGACACCGCCCACGGUGAACGCCUAUUACAACCCCACCAAAAAUGAGAUGGUCCUGCCAGCCGGCAUCCUCCAGGCUCCAUUUUACAGCCGCGCAUGGCCAAAAGCCCUUAAUUAUGGUGGAAUUGGUGUAGUUAUGGGACACGAGCUGACACAUGCCUUUGAUGACCAGGGGAGGGAGUAUGACAAAGACGGGAACCUGCGCUCCUGGUGGAAGAACUCGUCUGUGGAGGCCUUCAAGCACCAGACCCAGUGCAUGGUGGAGCAGUACAGCAACUACACCAUCAACAAGGAGUCUCUGAAUGGCAAGCACACCCUGGGGGAGAAUAUAGCAGACAACGGGGGACUGAAAGCUGCAUACAAGGCCUACGUGAACUGGAUCAGGAAGAACGGAGAGGAGGACACUCUGCCUGCUGUGGGGUUGACCAACCAUCAGCUGUUUUUUGUUGGAUUCGCCCAGGUGUGGUGCUCCGUGCGGACUCCUGAAAGCUCCCACGAAGGUGUGAUCACAGACCCCCACAGCCCGUCACGGUACCGCGUCAUUGGCACUGUCUCCAACUCCCGGGACUUCUCCAGGCACUUCGGCUGCAAGGCCAACUCCCCCAUGAAUCCCAAACGGAAGUGCGAGCUCUGGUGAAAACCGUGCACGCUGGGCUCCCUGUCCCGGCCUGGUCUGGUCUGGCCGCAGCAGAGUGGCCUGUGAGGGGCAUGAACUCUCCUUCAGAGAUGGGCAAGGCAGAGACAGAGAUGAUUGACUGGUGGAUGAACCAAUCACAGCCGCGCUGCUUGCUCAGCUCUUACUUCUCAGGUUGCCUAAUCCAGACUGCCAAAACUGGAGGAGGAAUCCCGCCCGCUUCAGCUCCUCUCUGUUAAUGUGUGUGGGAGGGGGGGAACAACACUUUUCUGUUUUGUUUUUCAAAUCUCUGAGGAGCACAUUGAAAUAACAAAAUGUCUUUUGUGCCUCGGUUGAGGUGAGGAGAAGCACCGUUAACACUGGAAACCAAACAUAUAGAGUUUAGUGAAGAGACGAAAGGAUGUGUGGGUGGGUGGGGUGGGGUGGGGUACUUUUUUUUUGCAUCAGGGCUUGUGAAUAAAAAAUGCCAUGAGGCCAUGUGCCACUUUCUUUUCUUAAUUUUCUUUCUAGUGGAAAGGAAUAUUUAUUUUUCUGCCUUCAUCACAAUGUCUUCUCUUGU